GACAGUGGCUCAACUCCAAAUACACAACUUCAGAUAUAGUGUAAUGGUUGUUUUUCUAGGUAUAAUUUACUCAUGAGUAGGCAGAGGUUUUGUGGAAGGGUCAUGACUUAUUUAUCAUGUUUUGGAAAAUCCAUUAGCCAUUUUGAAUUCUUCGUCAAUUGGUUAGUUCAAUAGUAUAUUACUCAUUGUCUGCAAUGCAAAGUAUGUACCUUUGUCUUUUUAGAAUUUCAAAUGUUUUUUAAAGAGGUAAAAAUGUGCUUCUUACUACUCUCUCAGGUGAAAGAAGAUACUGAUCUCUUUAUCAUUGAUGAAGUUGGAAAGAUGGAGUUGUACAGUUCAUCUUUUUUCCCUGAUGUUCUUAAAGUUCUGGAAUCAAAUAUACCAAUCUUAGCUUCUGUUCUAAUUCCAAAAUUUGGACGUGAUAUACCUGGAGUUGCUAGAUUGAAGAAUCAUCCUGGUGCAACAAUCUUUACACUCACUGAGAGUAACAGAGAUGUAAUGAAAGAGCAGAUAUCCUCUCUUUUGGCUGAUUCUACCGAGAAAAAUAUAGACCUUUAA